GUUUACAUGUUGAAAUUCGAAAAAACUUUGGGAACAAAUCACUGGAACAAAUUCUUCGAAACGGCGUCAGACUUUGAGUAUUUAUGAAGCAAAUAAGAAACUCAUUUUCAUGGAUGAAAGUUCACUGAAGGAAAAGCUCAGCUUUCACUGCAUUGUGAAGUGUUUUCUUUUCGCCACAAACACCGUCUUGUGGGUAAGUGUCAUUUGUAAAGUAGACCGCAGAGUUUAAGGAGCAACAGCUUAACCUCUUUUCGGCUUCAACUUUAAUCUACAUUGCGGAAGGUUUUUCAGCAAUGUCAUAGACUUUGAAGGCGUAUCUCACAAUUCAGCUUGUAAGUAAACGGAAAUUUUGUAUUGAUCUACUACAGAUCUCUGGGAAAUGAGAAAGAAAAAGUCCUUUCCUAGCCAAACUGUAUCAGUUCAACUGAGUUCUUUACCCCUUAUACUUCUAAUUAUUAUUCUGCAAAAUAACAAACCCAUAUAUAAUGUUCCUAUUUAAACUUAAGCUGGACUGGGUUCUCUGCAUUGUGACUGACACUGAGAGAGGUUUAACAGGUCCAACUAUUAUGACAACAACCAGUCUCUGUUUUAUGUACUGGAUUUUGAACUAGAACCCACACCACUUUUUCUUACAUUGAAAUUUUAAGGUAUGGCUUGAGGCCUGCUUAGUUACUGGGAGUUUCUUCAGAGAGGGGUGAGAAAGCAGGGAGAAAGAUGUUAUUCAUUGGUUCAAACCAUUUACUGCAUAAAAUUAAUUCUUGUGUAGAUUGUCAGCAUUGUACUCAUUGCCAUUGGAGCCUGGGCUCAUGACAAGAAGAGGGAGUACAGUGACCUUGACAGCCUGGCCUUCGACCCUUCAAUUCUCAUUAUUGUUGUUGGCUGUCUGAUGUUUGUAGUGACAUUUUGUGGUUGUGUUGGAGCUCUCAGGGAAAAUAAGAUCUUGCUGCAAGUAGUGAGUGAUGUUCCUCAUAGUUCUGUGCAGUCAAUAAAAUUCUGAAAACAUCUUGAUGAGCUCUCCAAGCUUACUUUUCUCUGAUUACUGUUAGUAAUAAAUUAUUUUAUAACUCUUUAGAAAAAGUUUUGUAAACUUACUUGUGAAGGUUAUUAAGCUGUGCAUUUGUAAAACCCUAUAUAAGUUUGGAGACCCUUUCAUUUCAUCCCAUCUCUGUGAUAUUUUUUUGACACUUUGCUGUUUUGUUCUUGUGGGUGACUAGUAAGGAGACAAACACUAGGCAACACUGUAUUACACCAAAGGUAAUGGUAGCAUAGAAGUAACUGCAACAUGGCGUCAGCAACCUUAAUAUCUAUAUUCUGUACAUUAUAUUUGUUUUUUUUAGGACUGGUUGGUGGUUUUUAAUGAUGGUUCCUCUUCAUUUUCUUCUAGUUCAUGGGAUCUUUGACUGUCAUCUUCAUUUUGGAACUUGUAACAGGCUUUGUUGCAUUCUUCUUUGUUGACAAGGUAUAUGUAACAUUAGAGAUGCUCUGAUAAUUUUUUUGUAAGCAUCUUUUUCUCUUUUUUUUAAUGUUGAUUUAUGCCAAUGGCUGAUACACAAGGUGUAGAAUUUCUUAAGGGAUGAGAUUCUUAAAAGCUAAACUUGUCAGAGAGAAAUAUCAGGCUAUGCAAGAUCACAUUUUGGAAGUGGGUUAAGGGUUGAUUUCAUAUUCAUGCAUUGAAAAGGUAACUCCUGCAUAGGAGACUGUUGACUCGCAUAGUUGAUGGAGUGGAAACUGAAGGUAUUACCCAGUUGGAAGUUAACCCCCUGUCACCUUUGCAAGUUUACCUCCUGCAGGAAAACAAGUUGGCCCAAAGAAUCCUUCAACUCAUUCCAAUGCAGCAAAAUGUAUUCUGUUGAAAUCAUAAUAUAUUUAUUAUUAAACCUCACAACAAAACCAUACCAAAGUUAGAUCAACAUGCAAAUUAGCAGCCUAUUUUUUUUUAAGUGGGACUACUGUGUGAGUAAUUUAAAUUGCUACAUUACUCUAGUCUUUAUUAAGCACUUAAUUUUAUGCAAGUGUUUGCAACAAAGCAAACUUGCUUUACCACAGGGGACAAACUUGGUAAGAUGAAAGGGGACACACUUGCCAUAAGGCAAAACCUCCAUAAACAGCUGGAGCUUGCUACAGGUUUUUCAGUAGCUUGUAGAAAUUAACAGUAUAUUACAACUGCUUUUGGACAGGUUGCAUCUCCCACGUCAUGCCUGAGAUUAGUUAAUAGGCAUCAUUGAUGUUGCAAUUACAAUCACAGCCCCAAACAUACCACCCUUUGUACCCAUUUCAGCCCAAUGAUUUAUGAUUUUCAUCAAGGGUUAUCCCUUUGUUCUGACAAAGCACUAAUGCUCCAAGUGCUAGCAGAAACGGUCUGUAGUUGCCAACUUACAUAAUCAACUCAGCUGAUAAAACCAAAUUAUUAUGUAAUACCUACCAUGGAAAAACACCAUAGUUUCUUUAGAAACUUAUGCUCUAUAAUCAUCAUCCACAGACCAGAAGUAAAGUAAAGAAGGCAACUUAUGAUGUGAUCAUGAGAUACAGAGAUGACCCAGACCUGCAAAAUGCUAUCGAUGGAAUACAGAAGGGUCUGAAGUGUUGUGGUGGAUUUUCAUAUCAUGACUGGGAGCUGAAUGAGCAUUUUAACUGUUCUGCUAAUACUGUUCAGGCAUGUGGAGUACCCUUCUCUUGCUGCCGCAAGGUAAAUAGCAAUGGCAAAAGUUAAUGCUUCUGUUACUGAUACUUCUACAUAGUGCUAUAUUCUCUCUUAGAGCAGACAUGAUAAGGCAGAAGCAAUGCAAUCAUUGUUUAGUAAAUAAUUAAGUCUCUGCAUUGGAAAUCUCUCUACUUACAGGCCAGUACACAUGAUAAAAAUACCAUCCUUUCACUAUCAGCAAAAUGUUAUGAAGACAGCGUGGCAGAGUGGUUAGGGUGCUGGACUUGUAAUCUGGUGGUCCUGGGUUUAAGUCCUCCACCCUGCCAUUCACUGGCUUUGUUCUUGGUUGCCCUAAGUUUAUCUCCUCAGCUGCACAUUGUAAUUGCCAACUGCUCUGCCUCCUAUGAGUUGGGAUUUUCAAGCACUUUAUGUUUGUAAUGUAACAAUGACUCUGAAAAGCCCCAUGGGAUAGAGUCAAUAAAGUAUGUAUGUAUGUAUGUAUGUAUGUAACAUACCCAGUGUGUUUCUUAGCACUGUAUAACUUGAUUACAAUUAUAAUACCAGUAGUGUUGAUGUUUUUUAUUGAUGAACAGGAUCAGAUCAAUACACACUGUGGAUUUGCAGUAAGAAAAGAGAAACUUGUAAGUAUUGGUAAUCUGAUAAAUCUUGAGUUGUACGCAGCUCAUUGUAGAGGUGCUGUAUGUAGCCUUGUAGCAGAGCCCCCUAACUUUUAAUUGCCCAAGCUUAUCUUGUUAUUUAUUCUGCAUCUGUUUGCUAACCUAAGCACAAGGAAUGCACAGGGACAUAGCCUUUGCUGGAAAAUCACACCUACAUCAAUUUAGGAAUUCAAAACAUACCUACAUGAUUAUAAGUACCUCAAAUCUAAUAAGUGCAAGUGGUAAACAUUACUAAAAUGCUUUGGUUAUUAUCUUACUUGUGGCACAGCUACACAACCUUUGAACUCAGGUAUGAUAGUUUGUAAAAAAAUGCAAAUCUCAAUAAUUGCAAUCCAUCAUAAACAAUAAUUUCAAAUGAAUAAAUAAAUAUAAAUCUUCUUUCAAUGGCACAGGAAGGGCCCACAUAGGGAAUGUAAGGAACAAUGUGAAGCAAUGCCAGACAUACAAAGUGAUAGUAACAAUAGACAAAGAGCAGUCCCUCCUUUAUGUCUGUCAUGUGAGUCUGAGAAAAUCAAGAAAAAAAAUGAUAUUAGGGUACCAGGCAGAACUCUGGAAGAGAGGCACAUGAAAAGUAGCAUGAAAAUCACUCAGCCAUGCAAGGUCAAACUCUUUGGCUUUGUCUUUAGUCCUUGCUUUUGUUUUUAAUUUCUUAGGAAACAGAAGCUUCUCAGGUGAUAUACACCAAUGGAUGUAUUGAUAGUCUGACAGACUGGAUUAACAGCAAUCUUCACAUUGUGGGUGGUGUUGCAUUUGGGUUUGCUGUUAUACAGGUAAUUGUGCAAGAGUGUUCUUUAGCUUUUAUGAACUGAACAUGGCCAGUUCAUAUCAGAAGUGACAAUAAAUGCAAUCACCAUCUGGCUAAUAACAUCAUUCUUCCUGCUUGUUUCAGUUACUUGGAAUUCUGGGAGCCUUUAACAUGAUCCGGGAUAUUGAUGAAGUGUUGAAGUCACAGAACACCGAGACUGAGUUGAACUAUACACUUUAA